AUGAUCAAGAAGCGAAUCCUGAUAGUCGGCGGCACCGGCUACUUGGGCCAACACCUCCUACGAUCUUUCUCGGACAACUCAGAUGCAGAUUUUCCCUUGGCCCUCGCGUUCACGCACCGCUCGAAUCCUCCUCCUCAGGCUCUGCUCGAUGCUGUUUCUCAAGCUCUCCCGUUCCACGUCGAUCUGAGCACCGGCGGCGGCCUCGGCUCUAUUUCCGAUGCUUUUGGCCAGCCAGACGUGGUGAUCAAUUGUGCUGCUCUUUCUGUGCCCCGAGCGUGUGAGAUGGAUCCGGAAGCUGCCAUGUCUGUGAAUGUCCCUACAGCUCUUGUGAAAUGGUUGUCGAGCUUUGGGGAGAGUACUCUUCUGAUACAUUUGUCGACUGAUCAAGUUUAUGAAGGGACAAAAUCCUUUUACAAGGAAGAGGAUGAGACUGUCCCGGUGAAUGUAUACGGAAAAUCUAAAGUCGAGGCAGAACAUUAUAUAUCUAGGAACUGCCGAAACUUUGCAAUUCUGAGAAGCAGUAUAAUCUAUGGACCUCAAACCAUCUCACCUGUUCCUAAAUCUCUUCCAAUCCAGUGGAUGGAUAAUGUCCUUGCUAAGGGAGAGGCAUUGGAUUUCUUUCAUGACGAGUUUCGAUGUCCUAUCUUCGUGAAGGAUCUUGUUGCUGUAGUACAGACAUUGACUAAACAAUGGAUCUCAGGUUAG